AUGGAGGAAGGGUUCAAGGGACAUUUUGCGAGCGUUAGCGACAAACCGUUUUUUAAAGGUGAGACGACCGUAUACACAUACGUCAAGAUGAAUGAGAAAGACACUGCAGACAAAAUUUUGAUUCGAAUUAAUGUCGACCGACUUAGCAAAGACAAACUGAAAGUUGUUCAAGAGAGGGCGGAGAGGCUCAAAGAAGAGAUGAAGUACUUCAGUUGGGCUUUGCAAAUUGAAAAAAUCGAAGUAGGGGAUGUAGGAGAAGGGAAGGAGUUGUGGGUGGUGUGUGAAGAGUGUCAGCCCGUCAAUUUAAAAAUCUUCAUCAACCACGUUGAAAUCAGAAAAGAGGAGAAAGACUUUUUCUUAGGAAAGUUAUUAGAUGUUGUGCGGUAUGCGGAGUUAAGAAAAGAACGCAUGCAAUUGGACGACUUUGACGUAUUGGUCAAGUCGGGUGCAAACUCAUUUUGUCCAACAAUUCGAGUUCUUCCGACUGCAAUUUUGUUGCCACUCAUUAAAAGUACUAUUCAGGACUUAAGACAAGACGUUUGCAAACAAAUCGAAUUCUUCGUCGAUGCCGAAAAAUAUGGGAAGUGCGUGUUGGACGCUCUCAGAACAAAAAAGCCCAUUUUGGACGUGAUAAAGAUGAAGGGCGUCGAUGAAAUCUACCAGAACGUCCAAUUCCCAACAUUCGACUUUAAUAAGAUCGAACCAAUUGAAAUGGUCGGGACUGGGGCUUAUGGUAAAAUCAUCAAAGUAAGAUAUGAAGGCGAAAUCUAUGCGUUGAAGGAAAGUGAUUUGAGUAAAAAAGAGGAGAUUGAGAAGGAGGCUAUGGUCUUGAAGUGGUGCGACCAUCCGAACAUCAUCAAAAGUCACGGGAUUGCAUCUGCUACGCGUUCAAUCUCGACCAAGAUUGAGAAGAAGAGAGAAAGGCCCGGAACGUACCUAUAUUUAUUGCUCGAUUAUUAUGAAGCUGGCAACAUUAACGACUUUGUGGAGGAGCAAAGGAAAAUAAAAAAACACAUGACAAGCGAAGAACUUGACCUUUUCUUUAAACAAAUGAUUGCACCGAUGGAGUAUUUGCAGAACACCAAAAAGUUUAUACACGGAGACUUGAAGCAUCACAACUUCCUGAUCUCAAAGAAGGACGGAAACACAAAAAUAGUUUUGACUGAUUUUGGAAAUUGUAGGAGCUUCGCUAACGAGUCACAAGUUCUCAGAGGAACAUCACGGGACUAUAACUCCGCGAAGAGAACGCCACUAACAGUUAACCACGACUUAUACCCGCUUGGCGUCUGUUUGUACAGACUGAUGACACACAAAAUUCCGUACGGCGAAAAUGAAACUGAGAUCCAGGAGGCUGUCCAAAAGAAGAAGGGACUCUUCAUGCCAAAACGAAUCAAAAACGACAAACUUAUGGACCAGAAAAGAGAGGUUGUCACAAAAAUGCUUGCGCUCAAGGAGAAUGAAAGAGAGACCUUCAAUCAACUUUUCAAGGAGGACUAUGUUGUCAAUUUACUCAAAUAA